UGACUUCCAUGUCUCCCUUGCCCUACCUAAGCUAUACGCCCCCAAAUGCCAAAUCGCUGAUCUGCAGCUGCCGGAGACACUGCCACCUGUUACCGCCACAGGCUGCUACCGGCAGCGAACUGCGCCACUACAGCCUCUCUUGACUUUGCUAUAAUCAGAUUUCAGUCAUCAACACCUGAAAGAAAAACAAAAUCAUGUUGAAGUUUUUGUCGAAAGUGAAGAUCGAAUUUAACGCUCUAGACCCACGAACAGCUGCUUGUAUGGAAUUUUUGGCACAAUGCAAUGCUCGAACCGCUAAAGAGUCAAACCCAUCGUGCCAACUACUGGUCAAACGCCGCACCGAUAGCUUUCCACCCCAGAUCUCAGUGACAUUUGUGAACGGGGUGGAGGAGGUUUUCGAUGCCACCUCAACACCUGCACAAACCAUCCGGAAGAUGAUUCUAGAAAAGGGUCAACAACUGGAGACCGAACAAAUGUUUCGUGAAGCCGGAGAGAAGUGGCCUGUUAUUAUUCCAGAGGAAGAACUUCGGCAAUCAUUCCCCGGUACCAAGCCAAGGAAAGCAGAAGAAAAGAAGCAAUAAGUUCCCUUAUGUUCAUCAGAUUCUGCAAGCUACUUAAAUUCAAAAAAAGGUUUCGCAUUGGAAUUGACAUAAAUGCCCUUCGUCUUCAGCUUAUAUUACAAUACUUAAGUUGAUGUUAGCCUUUUAAACCUGGCAUAGGAUGGAUGAUUCAUUAUUUCUAUUUUGUUACAUAUUGGUACCAUAAUAACAGAAUGUUUUUAUUUGAACGGCGCAUCAGUUGAUAAAAACGGAGCCAUUUGUGUUCUAUCAAAGUAUGCGCCAGAAGGUCCAUUAUCCGGCAACAAAGCAGCCAUUACGGGGCCUUUAGCACCCUCUUCCUCUGUAAUAAAUCCGGUUUGCGAUGUCAUUUCGGUUAUAACA